CAAUGGUGGAAUUCUCGUCCCUCUUCUGCUCAUGCUCAUGUUGAUGUGCCUGUCGCUGCUGCUGCUGCUGCUGCUGUGGAGGAUACUGUUGGCAGUUGGUUGCAUGACGCACAAAGGGAAAUCGUUCUCCUCUUGAAGAUUGAAAUUGUUGAUGGUGUUGUGGGUGCCCUGGAUGUGAAUGAUAAUGAGGAUGAAGAGGCAUCUGUGCGAUCAGGACGGGAGCAGGAGCAGGAGCACCAAAUGCAGAUCGAACCGAUGCGAUUGGCGACGAAUAGGGUUGCAUAUUUUGGCCUUGCUUCAUCGCAGCAGCGUUUCUGUGAAAAGUCGGGGGAUUAGAAGAGCAUUGAUGAAAGUUAGUAUAGUUGUUCAGCACGCUUCGGUGAAAUAUGCUUCCUACGCUAUGCUCGUCUUCUUGUCUGUCCUUGCGGCGCUUCUCCUUUCGGUAUUCGAUCAUUUCCGUCCGGUAGCGUUCCCGGUCGGCCUCUGCCCGUUCUUCGAGCUUUCGUUUCUCUGAGGCUGGCAGUGCCCUCCAACCCCUGCCGAUGAUCUUGCCGAGUUCUUCAAAGUUGAAUCUUUUCUUCUGUGGCUUUUCUGAGAUGGAUCCCAUCUGAUCGUCAUCAACGUGUCUGAGUUCCUCCUCCUCCCGUGCAAGACACCGCUUUCGUUCUUCUCGAAAGUAUAUAUUAUAUGCCGAGAGAGGGCGUUUUGGAGCCCCCUUGUUAGCUGCAUUCUUGCACUUGGUCCUGCCUCUGCGCUUGACUCUUUUGCUAGCCACCAGGUGGUCAUGUGGUUCCUGCUCCCGCUUAUGGUGUAGGUGCUGCUGCUCCCCUUGAUGUUCUUCGCUUUCAUCAAUUACCACGAUUGGAGAGUUUGUGGUUGACUUGGCGAUCACGUGCACAUUCGAGUUACUCUCCUCAAUCGUGCUUAUGUUCAUGUUCGUGUUCGCGUUCGCGUUCGUGUUCGCGUUCGUGUUGGUGUUGGUGUUGGUGUUGGUGUUGGUGUUCGUGUUCUUGUUCACGUUCUUGUUCACGUUCUUGUUCACGUUCGCGUUCGUUUCCUUCUCGUUGGGUACGGGAGAUUGCGCAAUGACCAUUGCAACAGGCGUUGCAUUGUCUUCGUUGAUAUUGUCUUCUUGGCUAUUGACUGUAUCCGUGUCAUCACCAUUGUGUUUAUAGCCUUGAAUUCCUUCUUCCAUGAGAAACUCGUCAAUAUCAAAUAACAGUUCUUCAUCCUCGUCUGUUCCUUCUAUGCUGGUUUGGCAAUCUCMUUUGUUAUUGUCUUGCCUUACCAGAGGAGGAAUCUUCCAAUGUGAUUGCGACUGAAAUUGCGAUUGAAAUUCAACAUGAGAUCGAAAGCGAGAGUUUUGCUCCGGGGAUACGACUCCAACUUGAGAGGGAGUGGCAGUGUUAUAGACGGAAUGGACCGGUUGUUGUUGAUAUUUAGUGUGUUGUUGAGGCGACGCAAUUAAAGAGUGCUCCUGAGGCCGUGGCUGAAAACAAUCUGAAGAGUUGUCCAUGGUGGAUGUAUGUUGAUGACUAGAUAUGGGCAAUAUCAUGUGUAAAAAUUGAUUUCCAGUAAAACGAAUGAAUGCAAGGUUUCGUAGAUAUAUUUAUGUAUGUUAGGCUUUCAGCAUGUGAAAGUGCACACACAAUAUGAAUGACCACAAAAUUUGCAGUAUCUAUGGCGUUGCUUUUUCUAUCCUGACUUUGCUGUGAAGGUUGCAGUGCGUACUGAGCUCCCGUGAAAAGCAAACGAGAAACAGUAAACAUGUGCACAACAGAUGAACCUGCCGAAUAUCUUGUGUGAAGCUGUAACAACUAUUUCACUUCGUGGGAGAUUUGCCGCCUUCGAAUAGAACAGUAUUUUCCGUUGCGUUUCACAAGUCCGUUCUUUUCGUUCCUUUCAAUGCGCAAAAACAUUCUUUAUUGGCAUAGAGAAGGUUUACGGUGUCAAGAGGUUCUUGUCAAUUUCAUGAGACGUUCAGUACAGCCUCUUGUUCUUCGUUGCCACAAGUGUCUAAACAAAAAUGAUACACAUAAAUUGAAUAAUUAGGCAAUUAUAAUUGGUAUCUAAAUAUUGAGUCGUGAUCCAGUUGACUUAUCAGUCUACAAGGCGAAAAUUCCUGAACGCGUGAUGGGAAGAGUUUUCACUUAUGUCUCGUAAUAACGAAGCACGUGCUUUAGAAUCAACAACGUGCUUCAGAAUCAACAAUUUGGACAAAAGAAUGAGAGCCAUGUGGAGAUACCAAUAAGAUUGUACGAAAAGAUCGUUCUCAAACCGUAUCGGUUAUUACAACGUACUUACUUCUUUCAUUCGAACGCGGUGAGCAACUCAAUAUUUUAUCAUGGAGCAGUAUCUUCCGGGAAAUACUGCUCAACGGUUGGAUUACACCAUCUAGAACGUACGUACACUUUUCUAGUAGAAGUAAAAUGGUUCUCCUGUUCUCCAAAGUAUCCGUUGUACGACAUCAGACAGGUGUUGUGUUUGAAGCUGACUGACUCUCAUCGCGCAACGUCAGCACCGAGCUGAUGCCAUUUCAUAAUUAUUUUUGACAGCUUCAAGCACAACUAGACAAGGCCUUUUCCAUGAGCUUCCAGGGACUGACUAAUGCUGACAGUCAUUCUCACUCCGUUUGUACAAGGUACAUAACAUACUAGUAUAUACCAAUUUAUAUGUAUGUACCUUUACAAUACUAUGAAACGUACAAAUGGUCAAAUGUUACAUGAUUCCGAAAAUACAGGUAAAAUGUUUCUGACAGGAUACAGGAUCGUUUGGUCGUUUGGUCACUAACUAACUGUCACCGUAAAAUAUGUAUAGUAUGUACGGUACGUACGAGGAGUGGUUAUUUUUGAGUAUGUACAAAUAUGUACUGAAUACUGAAUUAUGUACAGGUUCACCUAUAUACGUAGUUUAUUCCAACUUCGUGAUGCAAAACCCUGAAUCCAAAAACCACGAAAAUCAAAAUCGAAAGCCAAAACAUAACAUGGGUACGUACAUACAGAAGCAGGAACCAAAACAACUACAGGAACCGACAACGCAACCAUGCAAUCCCUCUCUACCGCAACACAAUCCUUCCCAAUCCCGAGACGAUUCGUGACCACCGCGGUAGUGGCACUGGCUGUUGACCCUUGGUGUCACGGUCCUUGUUCCGCGAUGGCGUUUUCUCGAGCUCAAUAUCGGGCCGCGAGCUGCCGCAGCUCCACCACCUUUGGUUCUUUGCGUUCGUUCAAGACGUGCCCGCCCCCUAGGUUCGACGGCUUCAGCGAGCGGCUGGUCGGGGGCUGGACCACAACGCCAUAUGCGAACGAUGAUUCAUUGGUAGAGGUCGAGGAGGUCAUGAGAAGCUGUGGCGGUGCCGUUCAGGGCAUCCGAGAACCGUCGAUCGGAAGCGGCGACAACGACAACGAAUCUGUCAGCAACAGCAACAGUAUCUAUCUCAACCGUGCCAACGACGGUUUUUGCUUUUUUGGAGACGGAUCGUAUUCUAUGGGGCCACUCGCUUUGGAAUCCGGCAGCAACAGCGGUGGUGAUUCUAUGGGCGAAGGGUUCCUCUCCUGCCUCUGGCUGCCGGUGACCGAAAACGACAACCACAAGCGGCGCAUCGUGAUCGAGGCAAGCCAUUCCGCUUCCCUUCCCAAGGCUGCGGUGCGCACAAGGGGAAGCGUUGGCGAUGGCGAAUCGUUACCAUUAGAAUUGUACCGGGCCGAGGGGGUUCCGAAGGUCGAACAAGUUUCAAAGCUGAUUCGCUGCCGGAUGCCAAGCGAAUCCCAGCCAUGGAUGAUCCAGCGCGCCAAAUGGGAAGAACUCUCGUCCGGCAGCAAUGAUCCCGAGGAGGCGGUGAUCCUCGAGAAGGACAACGACACCGAAAAUAGCGACGAAAACAAAAACAGAAAGAAUGACCCUUUUCGAUACUGGGUGGCGACCGAAUCGGAGGCCGAAUUUUGCGACCGCAUCAGAAUCGAGCUCGGAGAUGACCAUGACGGACAUUGCUUCGUCCAUUUUGGUGCCGUUUGUCCGAAUACCAACAAUCUAUGGAUGGUGGCGCGAAGAUAUCGUUCCGGCAGCGACGGUGGCGCUUCUUCGCUCCGUAGCAUCCUGUAUGUCGAAGGCACCGCGACACCGGAAUGAUUGGUUCUGGCUGAUCGAUAGACAAAAAUCGAAUGGCAUAAUAACAAUAGAUAGAAUCGAGAGGUUCCCGCCGCCGUUGUCUCGGGAUCACAGCUUUUGCCAAAAUGCGGUACAUUUGUUGUCUUUGGUUGAUUCAAACCAUAUCCGCGAAUGUAAUCAGAUGAAACGCAAUAACAAGGAAGCUGAAGCAACACUGGAUUCGCCAAAGAAAAGUGAAGGAAAGCAAAUAAAAUGUAUUCAACGCCAUGCAAAGCGACACACGGACACCAAUGUAUCAGCAGGCGGUGACGCGAGAAUCACGCGUCAUCGCAAUAGGUUAUGGUAUUUGGCUUUUUCCAAGAAAUACACAUUCGUGUCACUCUGUAAAUGCACUGCGACGCAACGCUUUCGAAAAUAUGCAGCAGCAAUUAGAAAUUCUACUCGAAGCAUCAGGACUCCUAAUAACAGUGAUGACAGUACUAAAAAAUGUUUAGUGUUUGAAGAAACAACAAAAGAAACAGCAGGAUCUGUACCAAAACAUCCUUCUUGCUGGCAUUCCUUUGGAUAUUCAUCGAGAAACACUGCAUUGCAAGUUGACGUAACGCAGAGGACCACAUGAAAUAAUUUGGAUGCAACACUUUGAAGAAAGUUUGGGAAACGGUAACCUGAUGCAGGAAACUGAAAACAACAGGAAGCUUAUUUUCCCACCUACGCUCCAAUGCUGCUGUCAAAACAAUUUUCGAAAGAUCGCUCGGCUUACUAGUUCCCGUCUUGGAGAUCUAGCCAGCCAAAAACGCUAGUGUCGAGUGUUCUAUUACUUGGACAGAGAAAGAAAGUUAUAUGCACAGC